UGGAGGGGCGGCAGCGGCGGGGACAGAGCCCCGGGACACGGCCCAGGGUCCGAACGGGACAGAGCCCGAGGACGCAGGGAUGACCCCGGCGGGCACGGAGCACGAAGAAGGGGCCCCGGCGGGGAAAGAGCCCGAGGACGCGGCCGUGGUUCCGAAGGGGACAGAGCCCGAGGAUGCAGAGGGGACAGUCCCGUCGGGGACAGAGGGGACAGGCCCCCAGGAUGAGGUGCAGGAGGCAGCCCCGACGGGCGCAGUCCCUGAGGAGGCGCUGGGGACAGUCCCCGAGGAUGUGCGGGAGGCAGCCCCGAGGGAGCCGGUCCCGCAGGAUGAGGUGCGGGAGGAAAGCCCGGCUGGGACAGUCCCUGAGGAAGGGGCGGCCCCGGCGGGGACAGUCCCCGAGGAUGCGGUGAGGGAGGAAAGCCGGGCUGGGACAGAGCCCGAGGAUGCGCUGGGGACAGUCCCCGAGGCUGAGGGGCAGGAGGGAGUCCCUGCGGGGACAGUCCCUGAGGAUGCGGGGCGGGAGGCGGCCCCGGCUGCGACAGGGUCCGAGGAGGUGCGGGAGGAAGCCCCGGCUGGGACAAUCCCUGAGGACGCGGGGCAGGAGGAAACCCCAGCGGGGACAAUCCCUGAGGAUGCGGGGCAGGAGGAAACCCCAGUGGGGACAAUCCCUGAGGACGCGGGGCAGGAUGCGGCCCCGCCAGGGCCAAUCCCCGAGGAGAGAGCUGCCCCCUCGGGAACAAUCCCUGAGGAUGCGGUGAGGGAGGAAGCCCCGCCAGGGCCAAUCCCCGAGGAGGGAGCGGCCCCGGUGGGGACAAUCCCUGAGGAUGCGGUGAGGGAGGAAACCCCAGUGGGGACAAUCCCUGAGGAUGCGGGGCAGGAGGAAACCCCGGCGGGGACAAUCCCUGAGGAUGCGGGGCAGGAUGAAACCCUGCCGGGGACAAUCCCCGAGGAGGGAGCGGCCCCGGCGGGGAUGGAGGAGGCUCCCGGGAGCCGGGGGGAAGCGGAGCCGGCGCUGGAGCCGCAGGGCGCUCUCCGGUCUCCGGGCGGCCCCGACGGCGCGGACGGAGCGGAGCCCGAGCGAAGCCCCGCGGCCCCGGCGGGGGCAGGAGAGGGGGACGCGACCCCCGAGGCAGCGGAAAGAGGGGCCCCAGACCCCCAGAGCGAGUGGGGUCGGAGCCUGAACGGAGUGAGGGGUCGGGCGGAGGACGAGGAGAACGAGACGGGCUCGCCGGCAACCCCCGAGGAGGAGGAGGAGAAGCAGGAGCACGACAUCUCCCUCUUCGUCAAGGCUGGCAGCGAUGGGGAAAGUAUUGGAAACUGCCCCUUCUCUCAGCGCCUCUUCAUGAUCCUGUGGCUGAAAGGGGUCAUAUUCAACGUCACCACCGUGGAUUUGAAAAGAAAACCUGCAGACCUGCAGAACCUGGCCCCGGGCACCAACCCCCCCUUCAUGACCUUCGACGGCGAAGUGAAAACCGACGUCAACAAGAUCGAGGAAUUCUUGGAAGAGAAGCUGGUGCCACCCCGGUAUCCCAAACUUGCCCCCAAGCACCCCGAGUCCAACUCUGCGGGAAAUGACGUGUUUGCCAAGUUCUCUGCGUUCAUAAAGAACCCGAGAAAAGAUGCAAAUGAAAAUUUGGAAAAGUCUCUGCUGAAAGCCCUGAGGAAGCUGGACAACUAUUUAAACAGCCCCCUGCCUGACGAAAUCGAUGCUUACAGCACGGAGGAGAUCACCGUUUCCAGCCGGAAAUUCCUGGAUGGAGAUGAGCUCACUUUAGCCGAUUGCAACCUCCUACCAAAGCUCCACAUAAUCAAGGUCGUGGCGAAAAAAUACCGAAAUUUCGAUUUCCCCCCUGAAAUGACAGGGAUUUCCAGAUACUUGAACAAUGCAUAUGCAAGAGAUGAAUUCACAAACACUUGCCCUGCUGAUCAAGAGAUUGAAUAUGCCUACUUGGAUGUGGCCAAGAGAAUGAAGUAACCAGAAGAUGCCUCUGUUCCUGGCUCCUGAGACGGGAAAGCAAAAGCCAGCAGAUGUUCUGCGGGGUGAUUUGAAAGUUCUGCUAUUGGCCAAUCCUUUUAUAAUGAUUGUACUGCAUUGUUUGCUCCUUCUUCAGUUCUCUGUGUGUAUGUUGGUGUGUCUUGCACACACGAGUGUCUCUUGUCCCUUCCAAGGUAAAGGCAUCCAUCAAUAUUAAAGAUCUGCUGAAUUUUGGGAAGCAGUGUAGGUCACACGGUGAUAGCAAACCCACAGGCUAAAAGGCUGAAUUUGGGGCAGGAACAGCCCUGUUUGUGCCCCACCUUUCACCUGGGGGUGUUGCUGCCCCUGCUCUCUGUCCCACAGUUGUUGCCACACCCCACAGUUAAGGAAAGGUUUCUCUUUGCUCCAGUAGCACCUGACUAAGCCAGGAGAGAGGCCAACCUGCAGUGGGACCACACCUGGUGUCCCCAAAGUUUGUCCUCUGUGCCAGAGACCUGCAGGGCAGGUCGACCAGGAACAACCCCCUUUCACCUGGCACAGUUCCUUUCCUUUGGCGUGGAAAAUAAAUAAAGAAGAAUUCCUGCCUUCUCCUCUCUCAGGGCUGCAUAACCCAUCCAACUUCCCCCCUGGUGCUCCCAAAGACAGGAAUUCUGGCCUGGGGACUAUCUGCUCUUAGAUAUUUGAUGAGGGAGGAGGAGGGAGAGACUUGGUUGUCACUGCAGGCAGAAGAUGUGGGUGAACAUCCGUCCCCAGAUACUGAUGUGGGAUUUGUCAUCCUUCCAUGGCUCUUAUUUGGAUUUGGAAAGCAAAGAGGGGCAGAGGGUCUAAGAAAGGAACAAUCCUUCUGUAUUCCCUGACAGGAGAGGGGAGCCAGGGGGGGUCAGGCUCUGCUCCCAGGGAACAAGGGACAGGAGGAGAGGGAACGGCCUCCAGCUGUGCAAGGGGAGGCUCAGGUUGGACAGGAGGAGGAAUUUGUUGCUGGAAAGGGUGGUCAGGCCCUGGCAGGGGCUGCCCAGGGGCUGCGACAACACACGGACUUCAUUUAGCAAUACGGGUUUUAUUUAACAACAAAUGUGAGGCAGAGACACAGAGAGAAAAGAGAGAGAGAGCAGGAGAUAGUCAGAGGGAACCAGAUGAGCUUUAAGGUCCCUCCCAACCCAACCCACUCUGAUUCUAGAAGAUUUAGGGACUCCAAAAAGCGACAUCCACAGCUGCUUCCAGCUGAGCAGGCCCUCGGCAGGGGCACAGGAGUAGAGGGUGCAACACUUUAGUCAUCGGGUCACCGAAAGGUUUCCUUCCAGUGGGUUUUUGUGGACAAAAAGCACAUGAGAACAGCUAAAAAGGGCCUUCACAGCUCCUGCAGCCACAAAAAGACUCUGAAGGGCUAAUCAUUGCCGCUUGCCCACGUCAAACCUGCGCUUGCUUCCCAGCAAAGCUUGACUUAAAGGCAACAGUCAGGGUCAGAGUGUGUCUGUGGAGGCUUUGCUGGGCAGUCCUGGGGCAGAUGUGUUUGGAUCCCAAUCAUCUGUCAGUCAGGUUCAACGUGCAGGUUUAGUUUGCCUUUAGAGAGGACGCCCCCCUCAACUGGGAACUCUCCUGCUGGAGUUGGGAGCUGAGCAGAUCCCUCACAGAUCACUGACUGGUACCGGAGUUUUCAAAUGCAUAAAUAUCUAGAGUAGAUAAAAAAUGAAAUCUGUACACUCUUUUCUUAUGCCUUACAAAUUUAAGUAGAAAAUAUACAAAUUCUUAAGUAACUUGA